GAGAAUAUGAGCGAUUAUGAAUGCAGAUGCCAUGAGGGUUAUGCUGGCGACAAGUGCGAUCGGAUACGGUCUAUCGGCCUUCAUCACUCCUCAGCGUAUGUUGCACUCGAACCUUGGUCUAUUGAACAAGGAAAUUUAACAUUUACGAUAAGGACAAGCAAUGAAAGUGGUUUAAUUGCCUACUAUGGAGAUGACAGCUUUAUCUCUGUCGAGUUAUAUGAUGGCCGCAUUAAAAUCGCUUUUUAUAUAGGAGUAAUCACGUGUAACAAGGAAAAAUUCCGAAGACAUCAUUUUGAAGGAGACUGCCGAUCCAUAGACAUGGUGAAAAACGCCGAAUGUGUCGGAUACUGUGGUGAAGGAGAGAAAACACACCGUGGUCACGAUAGUUCGCAAGUGCCAAUGCUCGAAUACAUGUCGAGCAAGAACGUAUCGUUCGCUUCUAACUAG